AUGGGAGGAAUUAUCUUUAACGAUGAAGAAUCCGGUGUUGAUUCACCAUAUUCAUCAUCAAAUGAAGCUGCUGCUGAUGAUGAUCUUCAUCGAACAGUUCUCUUGGUCGGGCAAACUGGAAACGGCAAAAGUGCAACUGGGAACUCCAUAUUGGGGAGAAAAGCCUUCCUUUCAAAGACUAGCUCAUCCAGUGUUACACUUACUACUCAACUACACCAAAUCCACUUUCCAAACUCUCAAACUCUUACUGUUAUUGAUACACCUGGAUUAUUUGAUUGUUCAUAUGACCAUGGCUUUAUUGGAAGUGAAAUACUCAAAUGCUUCGUUAUGGCUGGUGCUGGUGUUCAUUCUAUCCUGCUUGUUUUCUCUCUGAAAAAUCGGUUUUCUAAGGAAGAAGAAGCCAUUAUUCACUGUCUCAAGGAUUUCUUCGGAGAAAAGAUCUAUGACUACAUGAUUGUUGUAUUUACCGCCGGAGAUGACUUUGAUGAGGAUGAAGAAUCAUUUGAAGACUAUUUGGGUCGUCAGAACUCUAAAUCUCUUAAGGAAAUCCUUCGUGUCUGUAACAAUCGUAACGUUUUAUUUGAUAACAGGACAAAGGAUAAAGAGAAGCAAACUCAACAACGAAAGAAUCUUCUUGCAAUGGUGGAAGAAGUCAUGAAUUCAAAUGGGGGCCGACCAUAUACAAAUGAAAUAUUUCAGAUAGCAGCCAUGAAAUUCCAAGAUCAGAAAGAACGAAUCAAGCAGUUGGAUCAAGUGGUGGAAAAGAGGCAUAAUGAAUAUGAAGAACAGUUAAAGCGGAUAACUCAGAUGGUUGAAUCAAAGAUGAUUGAAACAACUUUGAAUCUUAAGCAACAAUUGGCACAAGAAAUUUCACUGUUAAAAGCUGAAAAUGAUGCUCAAAAAACUAAGUUCAAAUUCUUGAGUGAAUUAAUGGGUACUAGUCUAAAGAAUGGCUUGGACAAGGCAUGUCGUGUGCUUGGAAACUGGCAAUGCACCAUUAUGUGA